ACAGCGUUGCUAUGAGGAUGAAGUCUUCGAGGGCUGUACAGAACUUGGAACCGGGCCUAACAAGCGGUACCCAAGUGCUGAACAAAUGUUAGCAAACAUUUGGAUCCUCCCCGACCGGCGGUCCACUUGACCUCAGAGGCCCCGGGCACCUAGCGGGGUCACGGGCACUCGGAGCGCUCCGAAGCUGGCACCCACCCGCCGAGGAGCCGCGCACGAUGCGCGGAGGCCGUGUCCAGACGCCUGGGGCUUGGUGCCAGGAGUCCGGCGCCGCGGUCAUGUGACCCAGCCAAGAUGGCGUCGCCCAGCUGCUUGUGGAUCUUCUCUGUGGCUCUGCUACCCUGGUCCUGCGCCGCCUGGGCGCUGGGCCAUGUCGCCGGCCCGGGACCGCUGCCGCUGGUGAUCUGGCACGGGAUGGGAGACAGCUGUUGUAAUCCCGUAAGCAUGGGUGCUGUUAAGAAAAUGGUUGAGAAGAAAAUACCUGGAAUUUAUGUCUUGUCUUUAGAGAUUGGGAAGACCCUGCUGGAGGACAUGGAGAACAGCUUCUUCUUGAAUGUCAACUCCCAAGUUGCAACAGUGUGUCAGAUUCUUGCUAAGGAUCCUAAAUUGCAGAAGGGAUACAAUGCCAUGGGAUUCUCCCAGGGAGGCCAGUUUCUGAGAGCCGUGGCUCAGAGGUGCCCGUCGCCUCCCAUGAACAAUCUGAUCUCCAUUGGAGGACAGCAUCAAGGUGUUUUUGGACUCCCUCGGUGCCCGGGAGAGAGCUCUCACCUCUGUGACUGGAUCAGGAAAACCCUGAAUGCUGGGGCCUACUCCAAAGCUGUGCAAGAACGCCUGGUGCAAGCAGAAUAUUGGCAUGACCCCAUCAAGGAGGACAUGUACCGCAACCACAGCAUCUUCUUGGCGGAUAUCAAUCAGGAGCGGGGCGUCAACGAGUCCUACAAGAAAAACCUGAUGGCCCUGAAGAAGUUUGUGAUGGUGAAGUUCCUCAACGACUCCGUCGUGGACCCCGUGGAUUCUGAGUGGUUUGGCUUUUACAGAAGCGGGCAAGCCAAGGAAACCGUUCCCUUGCAGGAAACCGCCCUGUACACACAGGACCGCCUGGGGCUGAAGGAAAUGGACAAAGCAGGAAAGCUGGUGUUUCUGGCCACAGAAGGGGACCAUCUUCAACUGUCUCAAGAAUGGUUUUACGCCCACAUCUUACCCUUCCUUGAGUGAAACCCGUGCAGUUUGCAGCAGCGCUCGGGAGCCCCCAGCUCUUGCCGGCCGCCUGGGGGAGGUCCCUCCCUGCCCAAGCCUGCGCUCAGAGCCAGCUUGCAACUAGCCCUCUCUCCUGUCAUCUAGCAUGCCCUGCUGAGAUGCCAAUCUUCUCCUUUGCCGCCUCCUAUCGCCGCACGUGUUGAAUGCAAGCUGAAUUAGUAAGCCCGAGGCCUGUUUUGCAGCCUGCUUGGUGUGCUCGGGCGCAGCCUUAGAAAGGCAGUGUGCUGCAGAUCAGCGCCAGGCCGGUGCAGGGGAUAGGUGCGAGGGCAGACACCUUCAUCAGGAACGUCCAGGCACGUUCGCCCCG